AUGAUUUCAGACGAUAGCCAUCCAAGUACAAAGAGAAGAGCACUAUAUGAUGAUACCGUGGUAGAUAUAGAGGACGAUAGUCAGGAGUAUGCUGCUGCAAAUAAUGAAAAAGGGGAAUUGAAUCAAGACAUCAACACUCAACAUAAAGCAGACUCACCUCCUGAAUAUAAUAAUGAUUCGUCAAGUCCAGAAGUCAUUGACAUCACUGGUGAUGUCAAUCAAGAGGGCAACAUCGAAAUCGACCAUAAUGAUCUUGAUUCUGAAGAGGAGGAAGAGGUUGAGCUAGUAGAUGAAAGUGGCGAGGAUUAUAUUGACAUUGACCAAGAAAAUCAGUUACAACAACAACAGCAACAGCAGCAGCUGCUGCUGAUACAACUGCUGCUGCUGAUACAACCGCAGCAAAAAGCACAAAACAAGAUCCCCAUGGCUAAUGAGUUUGACAAAUUGGCCAAGUAUCUAAUGAAACCUAUCCCCGAUUACCCAGUCAAGGAAGAAAUACACUUUGUAUGGGAAGUUACCGAUUGGGCACUGCUCUCAAAGGAAGAAAAAAUUAGAUCUCCAAAAUUCAAAUGUGGAGACUAUGAAUGGAACAUUCUCCUCUUUCCCAAUGGAAACAACACCAAUGCAAAUAUAUCCGCAUAUAUGGAGCCACAUCCUUUAACAAACGAAACAACUGCAGAUUCGAACUUGAACGGGAAAGAUAGUGACUGGUAUGUUUGUGCACAAUUUGCCAUUGAUGUCUGGAACCCCGAGGCACCAGAAUCACAUUCACCAAGUCAAAGCUCACAUAGAUUCAGCAAGACUGAUGCCGAUUGGGGGUUUAGUGCCUUGAUUGAUAAACGAUCAUUGUCAUUGAAAAAAUUUGCAAACAAACUGUUUGAAGUUCCCAUAUUGGAAAAUAACAAAUUGAACUUUACCGGGUUUGUUAGAGUAAUCGAUGACUCGCUGACUGGGGUAUUAUGGCACAACUUUAACAAUUACGAUUCAAAGACUAAAUCAGGUUACGUUGGAUUGAACAACCAGGGCGCUACUUGCUACUUGAAUUCGCUUUUGCAAAGCUACUUUACAACAAAGAUUUUUAGAAAAUUGGUUUAUCAAAUACCAACACAACAAGAAAAAAAUGCUGGCGUCGCCUUGGCUUUACAAAGAAUAUUCUAUUUACUAUCAACAUCAAAAGACCCCGUGGGUACCAUGGAACUUACAAAAUCAUUUGGAUGGGACUCUUCCGAUGCAUUUACUCAACAUGACGUUCAAGAAUUGAAUCGUAUAUUGAUGGAUAAACUCGAACAUGCAAUGAAGGGAAGCGCAAUUGAAAAGGGAUUAAACGAUAUAUUUGUUGGCAAAAUGAAAUCAUACAUCAAAUGUGUCAAUGUACCUUAUGAAUCAUCGCGUGUUGAAGACUUUUGGGAUAUUCAGUUAAAUGUAAAAGGCUUUAGAAACCUUGAAGAAUCAUUUAAAAAUUAUAUUGAAAUUGAGAUGUUAGAAGGCGAAAACAAGUAUCAAGCAGGCGAUGAUUAUGGGUACCAAGAUGCUAAAAAGGGUGUUGUUUUUGAAUCAUUCCCACCGGUACUUCAUUUACAAUUGAAACGAUUUGAAUACGACUUUAUGGUUGAUGAUUUGGUAAAGAUUGAUGACUUUUAUGAGUUUCCAGACAGAAUAGAUUUGAAGCCUUAUUUGGAUGAGGAUUUACCACAAGAUGUAAAGAAUCAAAACUGGAACUAUAAAUUGCAUGGUGUCUUGGUACACCAGGGAACUAUUUCGAAUGGUCAUUACUAUGCAAUGAUCAAACCCAAUGCUUCAGGAAAAACUUGGCUUAGAUUUGAUGACGACAGAGUUUGGAAAGUUACUCAACUGCAAGUGUUUCAAGAAAACUUUGGUGCUUCCGAUUUGAGCAAGGAAGAGUUGUCGAAAUUGACCAGAGCUGAACAACAAGAACAUCUAAUCAAGCGAGUUACUUCGGCUUAUAUGUUGGUCUAUUACCGUGAGUCGGAAUUGGACCAGAUUGUGCCCAUUGAAGACGAUGCAAUUGAAGCAGCAAUACCAGACCACGUUUCCAAUCAAAUCAAAUACGAAAUGGAAGAAAGAGAGCGCAUUGAACGCGAGAGACGCGAAGCGCUUUUUUAUACCAAUGUGAAAAUUGUGACUACUUCAACGAUUAAUAACCAUCUUGGAUUCGAUCUUGCCUUGGAUCCAACAGUGGAAAAUUACUACGAAUCUGCACUUGCUGGUACUGCGUGCGAUGCAAAAACAUUGAGAGUUAGAAAGGAUAUUGCAUAUGCCGAUUUGGUUUCUAAAAUUGCUGAGUCAUUGGGAUAUGAAGAUGCCAGCAAGAUACGACUCGUUGUGCUUAGUCAUAGAGAAAAUCAUACCAAUAGACUAGACGUGCCUGUUGAAGAUGAUUUACAAAAGACUACUAUUGGUAACGUUAUUGCAAAAAGCUUUAAUAGAAGGCACGAUGAACAUGUUUUUUUCGUUGAGGAGCUCAACAAGGAUAUUAGAAAUAUCAACAAACUUGUUGGUGAAACGGAAAUUAUUGAUCCUACUAAAUUUGAUUUUGAUAAAGUAUUUUACAAAAUCCAAUCUGUCGGCACAGCAACUAGCACUUCUGAAGAUGAAAUGAAAUUCCAAAGCACUGUUCCAUACUCUGGUUACAGCACAAUCUUUAUCAAAUAUUUUGACCCAGUGUCACAAGAGUUGAGAUGCUUGUCAUAUAUAACAGUAAGACGAAAUGACAAGAUUGAAACUAUUGUUGAGCCUGUAAAGCAAUUGUUGGGAUUCUCCAAUGAUGUUGAGCUUGAAGCAUUUGAAGAGCUUUGUCCAACAAUGAUUGAGCCCAUUGAUCUUGAUGCUACUUUUGAUAAGCAGGAAUUGAACAGCGGAGACAUAAUAACUUUCCAGGUCUCCAAUGUGCGUGAUAUUGCUGGAGAUAAACAGUUUACAUCGGCCAAGGCUUACUAUAAAUUCAUGGCCACCAGAGUGCAUAUAAGGGUGAAGCCAUUUAAUGCCAACAUGGAAGAUGAGGACUCUGAUUACGUUGAAAACGAUAAAGAAGAUACUAAACUUGAUGGUGAGACUGAAGGUGAUAAUAUUAAUGGCCAAGAAAAUGACAAGGUUACUCAAAGGGAAAUUGAGCUGGCAAAGAAGCUAAGCAAGAGUUUUGAUUUGUGGAUCUCAAAGACCAAGUCGUAUCAUGAUUUGGCAGAAGCUAUAUCAAAAGUCGUUGGUUGUGAUCCCGAAUUUUUGAAGAUAUUUUUAGUUGGAAAUCAAGGUCAAAAGUACCCAUUGAAAACCAUUCAUAUGCUUUCUCAAGUAUUUUCACCAAAAUCACAUGUUGAUGAUAUUUACGAGUUUGAAUACGAGAUUUUAAACAUCAAAUUGAAGGAUUAUGAAAGCUUAAGACCUUUCAAAGUGUAUUGGCUCAGUAACCUUUUGCAAUUUCAAGUAUUUGAGCUAUUGGUGAAGAGAAGCGAGACUGUGCGUGAGCUUGUUUCAAAACUUUUGCACAAGGUUAAAGUAUCAGAAAGCCAAUUGAAAUUUUUGUUGUGUUGGUCUGGAGUUAACCAUAGCUUUAGUGAGAUUUUAAAGUUUGAUUUCCCAAUCAAUGAGAUUGCUGAGCAUUCCGAAAUAUACUGUGGCUUAUUUCCAGCUGAAGUUAAAGCUUUGUGUGAUCAUGAUAUUUACAAGUGCUACAUUGGCGAUGGUGAAAAAACUUGGUCAGAUGCUGAAAAGGACAUAACAAACGAAGCUGAAAAAGCUGAAUAUACCCAGACAAAGACUGCAUCGAAAAGCUUGAAUCUCAUUACUGUUUUCCAUUUCCAUAAAAGCAGCAGCAACCAUCACGGAAUACCAUUUAUGUUUAUUGUGUUUCCUGGAGAGUCGUUUAAAAGCACAAGGGAAAGGUUGAGGUUAAAAUUAGGUUUGGGCAAGCAAGCAUUUGAUAAAAUUAGAUUCGCAUUGGCAGAUCUGAAUAAUAAAGGUCAAUACCUUGACGAUGAAGAUGAAAACUUGGUCUUAUUUGACAAAGUAAGCAUUGAAAGAUCGUUUUUGGCAUUGGAUCAUCCAGAUCGAAACCCUAAAAGAGUGAACCCAUUUGAUAAAGGUAUAUCUAUAAAGUGA